AUGUCCGCGGCCGUUGCAGCCGUUCGAGAGGAGUCAGGAUACUCAGUCUUCAUCCAUCUUCCACAUCUGGAAGUUUGGACCCAGUCCAAAAUCGCUUUGGACUUGGAGAGUGACGAAUACCUUGAUGAGGAGAUGAAGUUAGUGCCUGCGCGGAUCAGCAAAGCCAUCCGUCGCACCAUGCGUUUGUCAAAGGAAGCUACAGCUAAGGCAGAGGCCAAGAAGCAAAACAUGACGGCUGAGAAGGAAGCCGCCGAGAAGAAGGCGGCCGAAGCCGGGCAGCGCAGCGACGACAGCGAUGCGGCCGCCAAAGCGGCGGCCACGAAGAGGAAAUCAGCGGAGGAAAAGAUGAAAGCUGCGUCGAAGGCCAUGGAGAGCAACAAUGAAGCGCAAACCGCGUGGAAAGCCGCCACUGCCAAGCUGGAGGAGAUGGAGACCAAGUACAAAGACCAAGAAGAUCAGUACGAAAAGCUUUCCGAGAAGGUCAAAAAGGAGAUUGCAGCCCUGCUGAAUGAGAAGUUGAAAGCGGCCAAAGCGUUGCAGGCUGCUGAGGAAGAGAAGAUGAAACAAAGCAACGUGGCCGAGAAGCUGAAAGCGGAAGCCACGGCCAAGGGGGGAAUUGCCACGGACGCGAUGGAGAAGGCUGAACAGGCACAGGAAGAGGUUCUGGAGGCCGAGAAGAACGCGGCGAAGCUGAAGACGGCCGCCGAGGAGGCGCAGGCCGAGUACCUGGAGGCCAACGCCAAGGCCGAGCGAUCCGAGCAGUUAUUUUUGGAUGCCAAGUCUGACCUUGACCGCAAGACCGAGGUGGCUGCUCUUAUUAAGGACGUGCGCGAAGGUGUGCAGGGCUUCUAUGAUGCCAUGGACAAGAGUAGUAAGAGCAUGGAGAAGAUCUACGACGAGAGCGAAGGGAAGGCGGACGCCAAGCCGGCGCACGAGGUCAUGCGCACGAACCCGGAUGUCAAGGCAGCCUUGGUCGCCUAUAACGAGAUGGUCCUCACCUUCCGCCGGCUCCAUGUGACGUCCAAGGACUUUUACACCUAUGUGGCCGACAGCUUGCCGGAGAUCCACGACAACGCCGAAGCGGCCAUCCAGUUGCAGUGCGACCCCACCGAGGAGCUGGAGAGAAAGGCCAAGGAAACGAAGAACAUGGACGAGUGGCGUCAAAAGUGUGGCAGCGCCGUUUGGAAGGACUUGAAAUUGGAACAACAGCGCUUUCCCCACCUUGCGAAUAAGCAGGUCAAUCCAGAGACGGUGGUCAAAGAGACCUAG